CACCCGCAGGCCUGUAGCUCAUCAUGGCCGGUACUCUGUGGACUCUGCUGCUGCUACUGCUGCUGCUCCCCCCAGGAUGGGACAAAGUGAUAAUGUCUCACAAGGGCAUUGGAGAGCCCUGUGAGAACAGGAAAGAGUGCCAGAGCGAGUGCUGCACCACCAAUAGCCUGAACCCCCAGAAGUUCUGCUCCCCCCAGAGCAUCUCCCUUCAGUGCCUGCCAUGGCGAAAGCCCAAAGGGUACCACUGCACACACCACAAUGAGUGCAAGAGCAACUGCUGCGUGAGGAAUAGCUCCAGCCCACACAAGUUCUGCACUGUCAAGACCAUCUUCCUGCAGUGUGUGUCCUGGCGCAAGCCCAAUGACUACAAGUGCAGCCACCAUGAUGAGUGCUGGAGCCAGUGCUGCAUCCAGCUGAACACAGCCAGCUCCAGGUACUGCAGACCUCGGAGCGGGAUCCUGGCCCAGUGCCUGCCCACGUGAUGUGAAAUGCAGGAAGCAACCACCCUGGACCUCAGUGUUGUUCACAAGAGACCAUCGCACCUGGACAGAAAACUGAUCCCAGGCAGGUGGCUGGAGAACAGCCAUGACCAUGUCCUAAAUAAAUAC